CAGUGGUGCUGUGAUCUCAUCAUAGGAAAAAGUAGUAGCCAGAGGCAGAGCCUGUUCUUGGCUGGAAGGAGGGAAAGAGGGAGUCAAUCUUUCCUGAAUCUAUUUACCUUUACCGCCUGACGGGAAGAGAAAAGAAAGUGGGGACAACGCAGCCUCGAAUUCCCAUGCAAAACCAACCUGCAGGUGACUUCGAGCUAGCCACUUUACCUGCCUGGGUCUGAGCUCCUUAUCUUUAGAGGAGAGAACGAAAUGGCUUCUGAGAUCCUUUCCAGUUCUACCUGAAUGAAUGAACGAUGAGUGAAAAGAAGCUGUUGUCUUUGCCAACAAAUCCUCUUCCUUAGCUGGUGCAGAGAAAUGAAGAGCACAGACAGCUUGGAAAUACAUUUUCCCCUUUGGUAUCCCAAGGCCCAUUCUACUGAUUUUGCUUGUGAUCAGUACUUGAAAAGUUCUGUGAAAAAACUGAUAUGAGAUGAGCAGUUUCUCCCCACUUUCCAGUGAAGGGAAAGGCCGCACCACAGUUUCCAGCUAUGGAAAUUUUCUCAUCUGGAGAGUUACCCAUCCUGUUUUGCUAUAACUGAGCUGCUGGUCUGUGGCUAGCACCCAGCAGACCAGCUGGCUUCCUUCCCACAGAACUUCAUCUAAAGCACACAGAUGAGCAGUGUCACUGCACCUUCAGGAAGGAACUUAUUUUGGGUUGUUAGGACUUCCUUGAGUGAAUAGUAACUCUUCUAUUCUUUCUCAGAAUAAGAAAUUGCAGUUACAAGACCCACAAGACCAGUGGAAGAACUUGAAGACUGAUUUUGGAAACAGAUUAAAGCCAGAGGACAUUUUGAACAGAGAUUAUUUUUUUAAAAAAUGAAUUCAAAGAAAUUUAGUUUCUUAGUGCUGCUUAUAUUUACAGUGACAGUGUACUUCUUUUAUAUCAACAGUGUGUUCUUACAAACAAACCAGAGCGUUCUAAAAGUCUCAAACUCUUCAGCCCUUGCUGAAGUUUGUGAUUCAGUUAUCAGAGGACAGAUGAUUUCUAUUCAAGAGACUGUCUUGAACUCAUCAUUUGAAAAUCCUUCUUGCCAAGACUACUUGCUCCAAAAUCACUACAUAACAGCUUCCCUGUCAAAAGAAGAAGCCCAGUUCCCUUUGGCCUAUAUAAUGGUUAUUCAUAAGGAUUUUGAAACCUUUGAGAGGCUCUUCAGGGCAGUUUAUAUGCCCCAAAAUGUUUACUGUGUUCAUGUGGAUGAAAAGGCAACAAUUCCUUUUAAAGAUGCAGUGGAGUGGUUGGUGGGCUGCUUCCCCAAUGUUUUCCUUGCCUCCAAGAUGGAGUCAGUUGUCUAUGCUGGAAUAUCCAGACUCCAGGCUGACCUGAACUGCAUGAAAGACCUUGUAGCCUCUGAGGUUCAGUGGAAGUACAUUAUUAACACUUGUGGGCAAGAUUUCCCUCUGAAAACCAAUAAGGAAAUAAUUCAGCAUUUGAAAGAAUUUAAAGGGAAAAAUAUUACCCCAGGGGUGCUGCCUCCUUCUCAUGUUGUUCGAAGGACCAAAUAUAUCUAUAUGGAGCAGAGAUAUAUUUUAUUUUCCUUCAUGCUGUGGACUUUGAGAAGGAAAACUCUCCCUCCCCAUAAUCUGACCAUUUAUUUUGGCUCGGCUUACAUCGCCCUCACAAGGGAAUUUGCCAACUUUGUUCUCCAAGACCAACGGGCCAUUGAUUUACUGGAGUGGUCUAAAGACACCUACAGUCCUGAUGAGCAUUUCUGGGUGACUCUCAAUAGGAUUCCAGGGAAUCUUUCCAAUAUUCUAGGGGACUUCCUUCUAGAGCUCUUGAUAUCCCAGUGGAGCACAUGGACAGUUGACUUGUUAUUCACCUGUUAUUGGUGUCCACGACGCUAGAUGUGGAUUGUCUGCCUCACUCUAAAUACAUUUUGGACACCUCUUCUUCUGGUUGAACAUCUCUCUGGUGACAUCCCUGAUGGAGCUGUUGAUGUACAAGUAUUGAAUGGUUAUGUGCUGCCUUCGGAAAUGAUCUCCAAUUUACCCUGCAUAUAUUUUAUAUGUGGAUA